AUGGCAGACACCUCUGAGGGUCCUCACCUAUACAAUCCCCAAGUGGGGGAAGAUCGAAAACCACAGAUUGGGAUGGAAUUUCCAUCAUUGGAGGAGGCCUUCACAUUCUAUAAUCAAUAUGCACGUGAAUCCGGCUUUAGUGCAAGAUUAGGCAACAGACAUACAGAUGAAAAACGGAAAAAAGUUGCUCAAGUUGACAGUGUAAAGGAAAGAGCACGUGGGGAAGUAAGGACUGGAUGUAGGGCAAAACUAUCACUUGUUAAAGAACAGACCGGGGCAAAUUGGAUUGUCACUAAAUUCUUGGAAAGUCAUAAUCAUCCAUUCUCAACACCUUCGAAGGUGCAUUUGCUCCGCUCACAUCGCCAUGUUUCUGAAGCCAAGAAAGUUUUGACGCAGCAGUUUGCAGAAGCUAAUAUCCCAACUUGUCAACAAGUCCGAUUAUUAGAGAUAGAUUCCGGAGGCCCUGAGUUUCUAGGUUGCACGGAACGGGAUAUUAGAAACUUUGAGAGAGAGUUAAGGGAUGAACAAAAGGGAAUUGACGCUGAAACACUGAUUGAGUUUUUUGCGACUGAGAAAGAGAAGAAUUCCGCCUUUUUCUAUGCUUAUGAGAUUGAUUCAACAGGAAGAUUCACUAGGUGUUUCUGGGCGGAUCAUGUAUCAAGGAGGGCAUACAGCGUCUUUGGUGAUGCUGUUAGCAUCGUAUUCGGUUGUGCCUUUUUAAGUGAUGAGAAAACUGAGUUGUUUGUUUGGUUGCUUACAAAGUUCAUUGAAGCAAUGCCUAAAGGUCCACCAACUGUGAUUAUCACCGAUCAAGAUCCAGCGUUGACGAAGGCCAUUGGCCAGGUUUUACCUUAA